AUGGAUAUGAACAUGAUCCUCCAUUUUGGGGAGCGGGAGAUGAUUCUCUUCUCUUUUUGGAAAACAGGAUCACUAACUGGUAAUUGCUUCAUUUUUUUCAACGCUAGAAAGUAAAAAAGUUAAGGUAUGGCUGUUUCAAUGCUCAUCACAUUUUUGAUGUGCAUCGUGUACGAAGCCAUCAAAUCAUUCCGCUAUUUCUUGGCAGUUUACCAUUCGAAGGUAUUCAUAUUUAUAUUAGAACUUCUAUUUCAAUCGAAUCUUGCUUUCAGCAGAGGAUUCAAGGCCGUCAGAACUCUGGAGGGACAUCGAACUCUGUGAAUUCUGGCGCCGACGCCGUCUCAGAGGAUUCGAUUCAAGUCGCGCCUCUCAUCCAGUUGUCCGGGUCAGUCCCUCAGUGCGUUUUAUCCUACUUGGUUCUUUGACCUCUACUUUCGCUCAGCUAUACUUUUAUAUUUCAGUUUCACUCGAAAGCUUUUCACUCCGUAUCGGAUUAGUCAGGCAGCUCUUUAUGGUCUUCAGGUUGGUUCUUAAUUUUAGGAGAAAUAAAGAAAAUGUUCGAGGCUGUCUUGGCGUACGCGCUGAUGCUGAUUGUGAUGACGUUCAACGUGAAUCUGAUUCUGGCGGUCGUCUUUGGAGAAGCUGUCGGUUAUUUUUUGUUCACCGGAACCCCUCUGGUAGAUAAUGCCGUAGCUGAUUGCUGUUAA